CAUCACCAUCAUCACCCCGACCCCCACCAUCAUCAUCAUCAUCCUCAUCAUCAUCAUAUAACCGAGCCCAGUUGAGGAAUAAUGUCAGCCAUCAACAGCACUGUGGGUCAACAGGUGAGCGACUACACGUGCGUGCGCUUUUACGUGUCCACCGUGUCCUUCUCGGUGCUGCUCUUCUUCAACCUCAUCAUCAACUGGACCAUAGUCGGCGUGCAGCGGCUCCGGAGUCACGCCCGCUUCGUGCUGGUGUUCCACCUCCUGGUGUCCGCCCUGGUCCACCUGGGGAUGAGCAGCGUCUUCUACUACCAGAUCCACCGGGACGCGCGGCCGGUGCGCUCCGCCUGCCUCGCCAUGAUCACGGUUCUGAUCAGCAGCGCCUCCAACAUCCUGCUGACGCUCACGGCGAUGGCUUUGGACCGCUACUGCGCAGUGUGCCACCCGAUGCGCUACACCUCCGCCUGCACCUCGGGCCGCUGGCCCUGGCUGCUGGGUGCGCUCACCUGGGUGGUGGCGUUGGUGAUUCCCCUCAGUCUGCUCCUGCGCCCGGACUACGGCGCCGCGGGGACCGGCUAUGACGAGGGGUGUGGCCGGGAGCAGCUGAGGAAAGGCCAGCUGCAGAAGGUGCUGUUCAUAGGUCUGUGCACGCUGCUCAUACUGUACAGCUAUGUGAGGAUACUGGUGGAGGGGCGGCGGUUGGGGGUGGUGAAUCGGCGCAACCGGGCCGGGUGCAAGACGAUCGCGCUCCACGGGAGCCAGCUGGCGGUUUACAUCCUACCCAACUUUGUGAACUUCGUGCUGACGGUGUUGGUCGACCGGAGGCUCAUACGGGCAGAGACCAAGGAGCUGUCCGCUGUGGCCGUCUUUGCUUUCUUUAGUUUGGCGCAGUGCGUUGCGCCGGUUGUUUAUGGUUUGCGUAAAGAGGAACUUCUGGAGCAGUUGAGUCACAGGUUCCCCUGCUGCUCCCGAUACUUGAAGAGUUUCCUCGGCUGGACUGUGCGCGCCAACUGUCCACACACCGAGCACAUGACACGGGAGCGAACACUGACGGCACAGACCAUCGUCUCCCUGCAGGCGCCACAAGUCCCAGAGGAGGAAACGAGGCCGAUCGUCAGGAGUUCCUCACAUGACUCAGACUCAUUUCAAGGCGGUACAGACGAUGCCUGAUGGGGCUGGGAGGAGAUGAGUUUCAGGAUCCUGAUCGCCGCGCCCACAAGACAUCAGCACGUUGCUCUAUUUCUGACCUUUCAUCAGAGGAGCACACAUGCUGGUUCACAUUGGAGCUGCUCAGCAUCCAGCACUUCCCCGGCUGGUCCAGGGAGUUAAGCAUCAGGUCGUCAGGUCUCUGACCUCAAGGUCACAAGCAGCCACCCAUCCUUUUGGAUUAAAAUGACUGGGAUUGAGGAUAUACUUCCGACGUAUCGUCCGGUUGAAUGUGGUUUCUAGCGUUCUUAGCCUUGUGGAUAUUUAAAAAAUGUGAGUUCAAAGGCCACUUGAAUAUUUCCAGCAGCAGCCUUAAAAUCAAGAGAUGAGAAGAGCGAUGCCCCUGUCUGAUAUCUGUCUGUGGGGACAGAAGGACAACACUGUAAAUCAAAAUGAUUGAUACCCAAAUAAACAUUUCUCGUGAAAGAAGAAAGCAGGAAACAGCCAAACAUUUAAAACUGCUUAGCGCCUCUUAAAUAAAACAAAACUAAGUUAUACCUCACAAAUUGUUCGAGGCAUGUAUUUGAGCUUUACAUUUGCUGGUAAGCAGAUUCGUAUUACUAUAUUAGGCUAGCUGUUUUUCUAUUUCCCUCAUGGGCUUUAUGUCUACAUAUGAAAGACACCCAUGACGCUGUGUGUGUGUGUGUGUGUGAGAACCUGUGAAACAGUUGCUGCUGAGCUUGUCAGUUUGAUUUCAGUCAGACGGAGCAACAUGCCGGGGAAUUUCUCUGAGCUCUUUAACCGCAGGGCUGAGGCUGGCCUCACAGCCCUCCUCAUCUUCCAGAAGCAACACCUAUCAAGUCGAAAUGCACGGAGGAACUGGCGGGGUUCCUGUUUUCAUCUCAAGAGCGGCACAGAAGUGCCAGCAGCUCUCUGGUGGCAACGCACUUACUGGCCAUCCUCAGCGUCAAGAGAAGUGAAAGCAACGCUGCAAGUUGUUGUGUGUACAACAGAAACAGGAAGUGAGUUUGGCAGGAAGUGGAGUAGCGACGCAAGAUGAGGUUGUUUUUUUCCUUCUCUUUUUGCAGAGCUUCAAUAAUUUACUGUUUCUACAAGUUACAAAAGCUUGAACAAGGAGGAACCAGAAAUGAAAUCUGAAUAUUGCAGAAUCUGGACUUGACAGACAAGGCGAUGGCACAGAACAAUCAAUCUCAAUGACCGAUGAAUAUAGUUUUGUUAUUAUUAUUUUCAACAGGUAAGUGUGUUGUAGAUCUGCACAAACAAUUACUCUAAAAGGUUGAGACAUUUUUAGAUACGAGAAGCUUACUCAAGCACAUGUUCAGUCAAAAGAUCUUAGAACUUAAGAACCGUAAUUUGUCACUGCACAAGUUUUUAAAAAAGGCAAAAAUGAGCAGAUCUACAAGUUUUAGGAUUGCUUGGACUCCGCAGAUUAGAACCCCAGCAAAUGCAUUUAUUGUACAAUAAAUUAUUUCUUUAAAGUACCAGA